UAUACUGAUUGGGUUGGUGCUAAUAUAAAUUAGAUUACUAUGCAAAUGUUGAAGGAUAUUUAAACAUAAUCCGACUAUUUAAACUUGGAAUGUUUAUUUUUAUAACUAUUUAUUUAAGUAUUAAGUUUAACGUAAAAUUAUUUAAAAGAAAACUUGUGAUAUAGUAUAAAUUGAAAUGGACCGGGCUCUUGAGUGUCCCGUCUGUCUAGAAAGAUUUACUCUCCCGAAAGUGUUGCCAUGCCAACAUACAUUCUGCAGUGCCUGUCUUCAAGGAGUUGUUCAAGGUAUUUCCGUGCGAUGUCCGGAAUGUCGGGAAGAACAUCGCGUUCCAGAAGGCGGUUUCCGGACGAACGUGGCUGUACAGAGGAUGCUAGAUGCCGCCUCGGAGCCGUCCGACACGGGUCGCCCUGAGCCGUCCGCACCGACAAUGUCUACGAUCGAGGAAAGCGGGCCAAGAACAGCUGCUUCCGGGGACGUCCGAGACAGAAACGAAGACGAAAGUUGCUCAUGGCCUUGGUUCAAGACAAAAUUCAAAUAUUGUGUAGGUUGGACCAGACAAACGAUUCGCCGGGUUUUAAAGAGGUUCCUACACGACCAUUACAGAGAGAAGAAAACACGAGUACUGACGUGUGCUUUAUUCCUGACACUCACCCUUGUACGGUUUAUAGCAGGAAAUGUUAAGCUGCGUUCAGAUUGUGGCAAAGAACAGGACGUUGCCAUCUACCUUUUUGUGAAGAGCAUUCUGGGGUUUAUGUUCUGGUUCGCUAUAUUGGUUCUCGGCUACAAGGGCGAGAUCACACGGGCGAUCGAUAACGUGUGUUUUGAGAUGUACAUCAUCAUCAAUACGACGUUUGCCAUGAUCUGGUUUAUAGUUGGAAUUGUGUGGUGUUUUGUACGGUACAACGAUAUGAAGAACGAGUGUCCACUGCAGGAAGAUGGCUGGAACUUCCACUUCAUUAACUUUGCACUGUUUCUGACUGCUGUCGACUGUAUCAUUUUGAUGUUUUUCAGUUUUUAUGCCACGUAUACAAUAUGUGACACAAGUAGGGUCGGGCAUGAUGCGUCAUAUAACUAAGUGUGUGGUAUAUUAUUAAGCUUCAAAGGCAUUUUUUGUGUUUCGAUUUUAUUGCUGUGAACUAUUUCUUUUAGUGUGUUUCAUCUUUUAUGCGGGUGGAGCAUGAUCCCUCCUGCUUUAUACUUCAGGAAAAGGACAUACUACUUUGGCUAUCGAAAAAAAUCCGACCGUUGUGGGAUAUUCGUAGCUGGGGUUUCCCAUUUUUGUUUUUGUGAUCAAGGUCCACACAUUCCGUACCCACUUUCGAUUUGAUAUGCCAUAAAUAAUAAAAUAUGUACA